AUGUUCACCAAGGACUCCACCCUGGAAACAGUUGCCGGCUGUGAAAAUCGAUUGAUCCAGAAUCAACCCCGGGCGGUGGUGGUAUUACAAUCAUCUAGCACCACAAAUCUCAUACCAUACCCCUGCACGAAGCUGGAGAGAACACAGGUGACCGUACAUCCCCCACCGGACGAACCGGUCCUGACCGAGAAGCCAAUUGUUGGCCUCUACCCAACCGGCGGCGGUGGCGUUGCGGCAGGGCUCAAAUCGAAAGGCCCGAGAUGUCCCUUCGAGCUGGAUCGUCUUGUCACUGGGGCGGUGGGCGGUGCUCCCGGCGAGCUGUCCCGGGCCCGGGACUUAUCGCUAAAAUCUUCUCCCUCCGUCGCGACCUCCACUUCGCGCCAGUCGACGUCCUGCUCGGACGUGGCCCUCGAACGGGAGGUGACGAUGUACGGGUGCUUCAAAUUCAACCCCAGUUCAAGAAAUGCGCGGAAGCUGUUCAUGACACACAUGUUAAUUGUGCUGCUCAUACCGAUAGCAUCGGUCGUAAUGCAGAAUAUGCUGCUGCUACAGCAACACGUGAAAUCCUACAGCGAAACAAUAUCGGCCAACGAAGAGAUGGCACUAACGAUUAACAUUACGCGCCUGCUGAACGUUAUUCAGAACGAACGGAUGAGUUUGGUCUUUUACAUGCUGACAGGCAAGAAUCGAACCCAGGUCGAACUUUCCAUCGAGCACACGAACGAUGCGCUGAACCAUCUUGGCGAAGAUCUUAAUUAUCUGCUACCGGCAGGCACUGCAAACCAUACGCUGAUAGCCGACAUGAGCAAAGCAAGGAAUGUUAUGCUUGGAAUCAAAACGCCCGAAAAUGAAACCUUUACCGGGCUGGAAUACUUCGAGCCGUACAAUGCGCUUAACCGGUACGUAAUCAAUCAGAUCGUGCGCAGUACCGGUACCUCGAUUAGCUCAACCGUCUGGCGCCAGUUUGUGGUGUACAAAAAUCUGAUUGAAGCCAUCGAAAGCAUCAACAUUGCUGCGAUCCUAGUGCUGCAGUUCAUUUGCAACGGUUAUCUGGGAUUGUCCGAUUACGCUCAAUUCAUACGCCGCGAUGCGGCCGCACUGGACUACAUCGCUUCAGCGCAGAAUUUCAUGACCUCGCUCACCAUCAUAUCGGAGGCCGAGUUUAGUGUGAUGCAGUACUGGCGCACGCAGGUGCUGAUCAACAUUUCCACCGGCUAUCGCCGGGAUGCGCUCGUAGAGUACUAUCAUUCGGUAACAACCGUGCUGAAGAAUCUGCAAAUGGUGCAGGACCAGAUUCAGACCGACGUGAAGGAAACGAUCCUGGAGGAGAUCCAAAGUGCGCGAAGGCAUCAGUCGAUCUCGAUCGGACUGGUGGUGGUUAUCCUUAUUAUAAGUCCGAUACUGGUGCUUAUGAUACGCGCAGCCACCAGCACGAUACAGAACUAUUCGACGAAGCUGAUGGCCCGCACGAUGGAGCUGCGCAUGGAGAAGGGCAAGUCGGACCGUCUGCUCUACCAGAUGUUGCCACCGGCCGUAGUGAAGCAGCUGAAGCAACAGCGCCAAGUACCGGCAGAAACGUUCGAUGCAGUGACUAUAUUUUUCAGCGAUAUCGUAGGCUUCACCGACAUCUCGGCUAGCAGCAGCGCGAUGGAGGUGGUUAUCAUGCUCAAUACACUGUACCGUUUGUUUGACUCUAUCAUACUGAAGUACGAUGUGUACAAGGUGGAAACCAUCGGAGACGCAUACAUGGUUGUAUCGGGACUGCCACAACGGAAUGGGAAUAGGCAUGCCGGCGAAAUUGCCAUGAUGUCGUUGGAUUUGGUUUGUGGCAUUUCGGGAUUCACCAUACCACAUAUGAAGAACAGAACCUUGGAAAUUCGCGUCGGUAUUAACACGGGACCGUGUGUGGCAGGGGUAGUCGGAACUACGAUGCCAAGAUAUUGCCUGUUUGGGGACACCAUAAACACUGCGUCCAGAAUGGAGUCGACAGGGGAGCCUAUGAAGAUUCAUAUCUCAGAGAGCACCAAAGAGGUUUUAGACAAACUCGGAGGAUUCAAGAUCAAACUGCGAGGAACAGUUGACGUCAAGGGCAAGGGCACAAUGCAGACUUUCUGGCUGACUGGCCACUCGAUGUACGAACAUCUUACGCCGGAAAUGCUUAUACCAAUGUAUAAGCAAAACGUAGUCACAGAACCUGAUUUUCUUCAAAUAAUCUAG